AGUGCAGGAAGUACAGCACAGGCUCGCUAACGGCUAACAGCUAACGGGUUACAGUUCGCUGCAGCAGCUUUUCAGAGGGAGAAGAAUCACCUCAAGGCUGUUGGUCAUGGGGUUGACCAAACAGUACCUGCGCUACGUCACCAGCGCGGUGUUUGGAGUAAUCGGUAGCCAGAAGGCCAACAUUGCAUAUGUGAACCUCCGAGGAGGAGAGAGGGGCCGCCACGUUGCCGUGGCUGCUUGUGAGCACGUCUUCAUCUGGGACGUCCGAAAAGGAGAGAAGAUCCUGAUCCUGAAGGGCCAGAAACACGAAGUGACCUUCCUCUGCCCUUCACCUGAUGGCGUCCACAUCGCCGUGGGUUACGAGGAUGGCGCUGUGCGAAUCUUCAGCCUCCUGAACGGCGAGAGCAACGUCUCUUUCAAUGGUCACAAGUCAGCUGUCAGCAUUAUACACUAUGACGGACUGGGAGCACGGCUUGUCACUGGGUCCAAGGACACAGAUGUGAUCGUGUGGGACAUCAUCAAUGAGUGUGGUCUGUACAGACUGAGAGGUCAUAAAGACGUCAUCACACAGGCUUUGUUUCUCAGAGACAAGAACCUCCUGGUCACCAGCUCCAAGGACAGCUUUGUGAAGUGGUGGGACCUGGACACGCAGCACUGCUUCAAGACCAUGGUGGGCCACCGCAGUGAGGUGUGGGGCAUGGUGCUGCUGAACGGGGAGAACAGGCUGUUAACAGGCUCUGCAGACAGCGAGCUCCGAGCCUGGGACAUCAACUACCUAGAGGAGGCAAAAGCUGAAGGUGAGCCCAAAGUGAAGAAGGGGAAAACUCUGCUGGAGGAGAAUGAUGAUGAUGAAGACAAUGAGGAAGGAGUGGACGAAAGUCUUGAAGAGCGGAUCUUGAGUUGUCAGAAAGCAGGUUCCAUCCUGAGGGAAGCUCGAGACAGAGUCGUCUCGCUGACAUCGGACGCGAGGGCCAGAGUCAUCGCCUGCCAUGGCAACGAUUCAGUCCUGGAGCUUUUCACAGUUCUGACAAAUGAGGAAGUUCAGAAGAAAAUGACAAAGAAGCUGAAGAAAGCAAAGAAGAAGGCGUCCAAAGCUCAGGAAGAAGCAGGAGAGGAGGCGGCAGCAGAGCCGGUGGUGGAAAAGAUGCUGAAAGACGAGAUCGUCCGGCUAACGAACAUCAAAGCAUCUUCCAAGAUCAGAUGGGUGGACUGCUUGUCGUGUACAGGCGGUGAGCUGAAGGUGGCGCUCCUCCUGCAGAACAACACCAUUGAGACCUACAGCCUGAAAACAUUAGACAAAACCCCCGAACCCAAUAAGACGUCUCGCCUCACGCUCGGCGGCCACCGCACCGAUGUCCGCACCCUGGCCUUCAGCUCCGACAACCUGGCCAUCCUCUCCGCCUCUGGAGACACAGUCAAAGUGUGGAACAGAUCCACUCUGCAGGUGAUUCGCACCAUGUCCUGUGAAUAUGCUCUCUGCUCCCUCUUUGUGCCUGGAGACCGACAGAUCAUCCUGGGAACCAAGAGUGGAAAGCUGCAGAUCUUUGAGUUGUCCUCAGGAAGCCUCCUGGAGACUGUAGAUGCUCAUGGUGCAGCCCUGUGGUCCCUGUGCCUGGCCCCAGACCAGAGGGGGAUCGUGACAGGAAGUGCAGACAAGACAGUGAAGUUUUGGGAAUUUGAGCUGAUCAAGGACCAGGGGAGUGAACAGAAGAGGCUAACGGUGAAACACACUCGCACGUUGCAGCUGGAGGAGGACGUUCUAUGUGUAAAGUUUUCUCCUAAUCACCGCCUGCUGGCCGUCUCUUUGUUAGACUGCACAGUCAAGGUCUUCUACACAGACACACUGAAGUUCUUCUUGUCACUUUACGGACACAAGCUGCCUGUUCUCUGUCUGGACAUCUCACAUGACAACACGCUCAUCGCCACUGGAUCCGCCGACAGAAACGUGAAGAUCUGGGGUCUGGACUUUGGCGACUGUCACCGCUCCAUGUUUGCUCAUGACGACAGCGUCAUGUUCCUCCAGUUUGUCCCGAAGACUCAUCUGUUCUUCACAGCAGGAAAAGACAAGAAGAUCAAACAGUGGGACGCCGAUAAGUUUGAGCACAUCCAGACGCUAGAGGGCCACCAUCGGGAGGUCUGGUGUCUGACCAUCAGCCCCAGCGGCGACCAUAUUGUGUCGUCAUCCCACGACAAGUCCCUGCGUCUGUGGGAAAGAACCAGAGAGCCCAUCAUCCUGGAAGAGGAGCGGGAGAUGGAACGAGAAGCAGAGUUUGAUGAGAGCAUGGCCAAAGGAGAUGUGCCUGUGGUACCUGGAGAGACUCAAGGAGAAGUAGCACCCGCUGCGAAGAAAACUGUUGAGACAGUGAAAGCUGCGGAGCGAAUAAUGGAGGCUCUGGAGCUUUACAGAGACGAAAAAAGGAAGAAGGAAGAGCAUAAAUAUGCUUGCAUACACGCAGGCAAAGAGCUUCCUCCACCGAAGCCCAACCCUAUCCUUGUGGCCUUUGGAAAUGUUUCACCGUCACGCUACAUUUUAGACGUCAUAAAGAAAGUCCGAUCCAGUGAGCUGGAGGUUUCUCUGCUGGUGCUACCGUUCCCUUACGUCCCCGAGCUGCUGACGCUCUUCAACAGCUACAUCCAGAAGGGCCUGGAGGUGGAGCUGGUCUGCCGCUGCCUCUUCUUCCUGCUCAAGAUCCAUUUUGGCCAGAUCUCCAGCAACCAGAUGUUGUUGACUGUCAUCGACGGGCUGCGGAUGAAUACUCUCUCAAAAGUUCGGGAAAUUAGAGACAUGAUGGGCUUCAACAGCGCCGCCCUGCAGUUCCUCCAGAGGGAGAUCGAGAGCAAAGAGGACGUCAUGUUCUUCGCCGACGCCACAGGGCAGCUGCAGGAGAAGAAGAAGAAGAGGAGGAGGAGGGAGAGAGCCAUCCUCACCAUCGCUUGAAUCCUGAUGGACAUUUUUUUGUUUGUGUAUAAACAUACGCUCCCGUCUCCUCCCCGCUUCCACGGCCGGACCAGGACGUUUACCCUGCUGGUUUUUGUAUGUUAUGAAUGGAUCUUACUCAGUGUUUUUCAGUGACAUGCUUCAUCUACCAAAUAAACCUGUGUCUGAAUUUUU